GUCGGUGACGGCAUCAGUCGGGGCCCGGCGCAGCGCGGCGCGGCGCGGGCAGGACGGGAAGGGAAAGGUGAGGAGUGGAAGAGGCGAUGGCUCCCGCCGCCCUGCAGCCGCCCGAGAUCCAGUUCGCCCAGCGCUUGGCCGCCAACGAGAAGCGGAUCCGAGACCGAGCCCUCAAGAAGCUGCGGGGCUACAUCGGGGUCCGGACACAGCGCCCCGCCGGUGGCUUCAGCCAAGAAGAACUCCUGAAAAUAUGGAAGGGCCUGUUCUAUUGUAUGUGGAUGCAGGAUAAACCUCUGCUACAGGAGGAACUUGCAGACAAUAUCUCACAGCUUAUCCAUAUUUUUCAGAAUACAGAGGCUCGACACUUGUUCAUUCAGACAUUUUGGGAAACUAUGAACCGUGAGUGGACUGGGAUAGACGGUCUGCGUCUUGAUAAGUACUAUAUGCUAAUGCGUAGGAUUCUGAGGCAGUCCUUUGAAGUGCUGAAAAGAAAUGAAUGGGAUGAAAGUCUAAUUGAACUCCUCCUGCAGCUGCUGAUGAAGGAAGUUAUGGACCCAGACAGCAAUGCUCCCAUGGGAAUAAAGUUACAUUUCAUUGAUAUCUAUCUGGAUGAAUUGGCUAAAGUUGGUGCAAAGGAGCUGACAGCGGACCAGAAUCUCAAGUUCAUUGAACCUUUCUGCAAAAUUGCUGCCAAAUCAAAGGAACGAGGUGUGCUGCCUGCCAUAGCCACUGGUAUUUUUGAGGUCAUUGUGGAUCAGUCCCCCUAUGCCAUCGAGGACCUAAUGAAAGAACUGGGGAGCAACAGUGAUGAGGAGGAUGUGUCUGAAGAAGACAAACAGGAAAGUGAAGAGGUGCUUAAAACUAAAGCAGACAGAAGUUUGUCAAGAAAAUCAGCACAGAGCUCUGAAAAAACAGAGGAUAUUAAUGAAAAUGAUGAUGAUGGUAUCGGGGCUGUUCUUCAGUUUGAUUAUAAGGCUGUUGCUGACAAACUCUUCGAAUUGGCGAGCAAGAAAAACACACCUUCUAUUAACAGAAAGCGCCUGUACAAGCUGGUCAAAAAGUUCCAGGACUUGGCAGAAGGAAUCUUCCCCCAAGAUUUUCCCGAAGAUGUUUCUACAGAUGAAGACGAUGAUGAAUUCAGCAGAGGAAAGCGAAAGAAAAAAGCGGUCAAGCCCUGGGAGAAGAACAAAUUGGAAAAAGUUAAAGAUUUAGAGGAUGAACAAGAGAUGUCUAGUACAAAGGAAGCAUCAGUUCACCAGAAGAAGAGGAAAAAAAGGAAGAAGAGGGGCAGCCCAAGUACUGCUUUUGGAACAGCUGAUGGAAAUUGUGAGGAGAAAAUAGCUGAAACAUCUGGAUCUAAUGUUUUUAGCCAGAUGAAGGUGCCAGAAAAUAACAAGGAAAGCAAGAAAAAGAAAGUACUAUUAAAUGAGGCAAAUGAGACCACAAAUGUAGCCACUGACACCACAGAAAAACACAUCUCUGCACAGCACAGCACAGCUGAUGCAGAACUGAUUGAAAAGAGCCAGUUGAAGAAAAUGAACCCAAAAGUGCAAAAUGUUCCUGUAAAACCAGCGUGUCAGAAUGGACCAGCUAAUGUCAGCAAGGCAGAGGAUGUCAGCCUAUCUGUCACACCGUUAACUCCUAAAGUUGUGAAGAAGAAGCAGAAAGCAGGGGCUGCCUUGGUGAAUGGGGAUACCGUUUUGCAGCAAAGUGACAUGAAAUCCAACAAGGAGAUCUUGCUGGGGACCCUGUCAGGAGAUGCAGACUCUGAAUCUGCACCCUUGAAAAAAAUCAAAUUGCAGACAGCUACAAAGCUAGUUGGUUUGGAAGGGAUGAAAGGCUCCAUCCAGAAAGCAGCAACCUUGAAAAAGAAGAGAAAAGUAAAAGAGGUGCUAAACUCCGUUGAAGCCAAUGGAGUUCUGGAGACUGCGUGCAAGAAAAGCAGGAAGGGGGAAAGCAGUGCUGCUCUAUCAUCAUUAAAGAAAAAGAAAGCAAAACCAGGAAGUGAUUUUGUAAAAUUUGAAAAAUCAACUUCACCAAAGCCUGUCUUCUUCAAGAAAGCCAGGUGCACCAUCUCCUCCACCAGAGCAUCCAUGCAGCUAAACAAGCUGCAGUCGUCCAGCUCCAAAAAAGUCACGUUUGGCUUGAAUAAAAACAUGACUGCUGAAUUUAAAAAGACUGACAAAAGUAUAUUAGUGAGCCCAGAAGGACCCUCCCGCGUGGCUUUCAAUCCUGAGCAGAAACCCCGGCAUGGGGUGCUGAAGUCGCCCACGGGUACACCAGCAAGGGAGCCUCAAACAAAGAAACCAUUUACUGUAUCAGUUAAGAAGAGACCAGCUGCUGUGGACUUCUUUUAAACCAACAAUUGUGGCCUACUUUUGUACAGGACAUUUUGCUAACCUAGAAUGUUCUCUGGAGGUAUUUUGAGCUUCUUUAUUUUUUUAAGUUAAUACCAAUUGUAUAUAUGAAAUUCUGAUUGUGACCUGGGUCAUCGCUAUUUUGACACCACUUCAGCUGUAUUUUGAAAUACUUGUUUUGUCUAUUUACAGAAAAGAAACAAAAUCCAGUCUCCGCUCAGGUUUGAUCUAAAAAGUACGGUCUCUGCUCAUGCCAUUCCCAAGAGACUUAUUCAUUUAGUUAAGGAAUGUUCAGGGUUUGAUUGUUCUGGUGACUUUUUUUAAGCCAGUUCUUUUAAACUUGCGCUUUAUGCUGUUAAACUGCCUUUCAUUGGACAGGGCUUAAAAUGGAAAAAGGCAAUGUAGAUUUUAAACCUACUUAUUGCUCGUGCAUUCUAAAAUUUUACCCCAUCAUUUUUCAUGUGUCACCCUUGGCAUCCUGUUAAUUUUUCUUCUGGAAAUAAUGAUUAUCUCAUGUCUCUAUUUAAUAACAGCUGGGCUUGAGUAGCUUUACAGAUAGUAAGCAAGCUUUCCCUGAGGUGAGAAAAGCCAAGCUGCUCAAGAGAUCACUGUUGCAAAUAAACCUUCACAGCUGGUUGCCUGCUGAGUUGGGAACAGUCGCCGCAUUAUUUUCAGUGACACAAGUGCCAAAGCCGACUUACAUUGGUCAUGUUGUAAGCUGGCUUCUUCUCUUUACUGUAACUGAAAUAAUGCUGUCCUGCAGGAGAAGUCUUUGAUAUUUCCAGGUCUUCCCCCCACUCCCCACUGCUGUCUUUCCUGAAGGUCUAACAAGACUCUUAGUUUUCUACUUUAGCAGCUGGUGUCACCACAUGUUACCAGAACUCAGAUCUCAUUCAGUGUAGCGCAUCUUCAGCUAGGACACACAUAUCUCGGAGAGCUUUGAUGCCUGCCAGAACAGGGUAAAACUUUACAGCCCAGGCAGCUUGGUUUUGAUUUUGAUGUAGAACCAGAAGAAUUCUUUCUGCAGUGUUUCCUUGUGUUAAGUUUUUAUUUGGAUAUUUUAUUCCUACUGUGCAUGCCUAGGUUUUUUAUUGCUUCUUUGCUAAAGAAUGGGGUGUAUUUCUGUGAGAGACCAUUAAUGUAUUCCAAGCGGGAACUGUGAGGAAGGGAAGAGCAAAUGAAAAUAAAAACUUGCUAGAUAUGUUUGGAAGAUUCAGAAUCUUUCUUUGGAAGUGUUACUUAUGCAAAUGAGGCAAAGGUUUUGCAGCAGAUCUCUGUGUUAGAGCUCAGCUUCAAAGCACAGUCUGGUGCCGGAGCAAAGCUAUUCAUGAAGCUUCCCACCAGUAACUUCUGAGAUCCUGUAAGAGAGAGGGUAGAUCUGCUUCAUUACAUGUACUAUGAAAAGUGGUAAACGUUCAGCUGCUUAUAAUGGGAGAUGUCCAUGCCCAUAGCAGGGGAGUUGGAACUGGAUGAUCUUUAAGGUCGCUUCUAACCCAAACCAUCUUAUGAUUCUGUGAUACGACAGCCAGCAAAAUUAAAUUUUCUGAUAUAAUUCAUUUGCAUACUUCGUACUACUUUUUACCAUUCUUUGGUGCUGACUGUCCUCUGCCAGAUUACUCCCCAUAAGCAACUGAACUAAAACUGCUUCUUUUGUAGCUCAUUUAGAAUUUUGUCAGUACUUGUGUACUUGGUAGUUCACUGGUUGGUCUCAGUUGCUCAGUUUCAAUCAGUGCCAGUUUUUGUACUCAGUUUGUGACAGUCCAUGGUUUAUGGUACUGCUAUGGAUGUGUUAAAAGUCAUUUUGCUCUUGUCUUUUCUCAUUUAAAGUGACGGACUGAAUUUCAUUUGGUUUUGGUUUAGUUUGUAUUGAUUUGACUGAUCAGUAAAGAGCUCUGGAGAAUACAUCUGAUAAAACUGAUAAUACCUACUGUUUGAGCAAUUAUUGUUCAUUGAUUUUUUUAAAAAUAUUUCAUUGUAUAUUAGCAUAAUGCAAUUUUUUUUUUGACAAGAUGAUGGUAGGAUUUAACGAAGACUGUUCAGUGUGUUGUACUGUUUAUUUUGUGCUGUGGGUGAGAAGUCUCUUGUGGAAUACACAUAAAAACAUUUGUAUGUGCAUGGUUGUUAAAGCAUUAGGUUGAAGAUGCCAUAUUCCUCCGAGGAUACAGAUGCAAACAGUCAGUAGCUUGAUCUGGUGUGCACAGAAAAAUCCAGGAUCAGGACACAUUGGGGUUUGGUUUUGUUUGGCUUUGAUUUUAAUACAUAUAACCUAUUACAGAAAUGUAUUUAAAUGGUUGUCUGGAUUUUUUUCUGUUGGUUGUGGAUCCAUUGAACCUGUUGCUUGUCCGAAUAUUUUGUUGCCCACAAUGCUAAAUGGAGAGGGCAGAAACAGCAGCCAGUUUUUUGCCUAUAAUUUUAGUGAUGUGAUUGCGUGUUGGGAUUCAUGCCUAGUCCAUCUGUGCCAUGAAACUGGUGGAAUGUUUUGUACAUAUAUGGAUGUAGUGUGUAUUGUCUUUGGUGGUGUCCGUAAUUUCAUUCAGGACAACUUCACAAAAACCAAGCACUGUCAAAUGCAGUUUAAUCUGCAUUAUUGGGUCAAAUGGAAUACAUUACCCAAAAUACUUGGGUAGUGACAGUUCCAAGAAAUGUUAAAGACAAAAAAGGAGAAAUAUAUGUAACAUCUGGGAUAUCCACUGCACAGAGACAAUGGUACUGUAAGGAGAGAUGUAUGGAUAGUAAAAGAGAAAAGAAAAACUGAUCUGACCUGUUUGAUGUCACUUCACAGGUUUUUUUCAUGGUGUUAUUCCAGCUCUGCAGCUGCCAGUAAUGUUUUGAGUCCAAGUUAGUGUGGCAUAACUUUUAAAGAACAGUGUUUCGUAAUGAUUGUCUGCAUUUUUGUCAUGAUCAGCUUUGUACUUCUCAAGCUUUAAUAGUUUCUAAUCCUUUAUGGUAUCAAGAGAAUUCAAAAGCACAAAAUUAAUUCAGCAAGGCAAAAAGUUGAUAUUAGAUUUAAAUUAUUGGGUAUGCAAGAUCUUUUAUAGUCUAUCAAAGCUGUGUGACUUGGAAAGCAUCAAAUGCCCUCUGUGUCAUAGAAUGCCCUCUAUGUCAUCUAUUUGCUGUUCUUAGACUUCAGUACAGACAGAAGGAAAAAAUCCAUGUGUCAUUUUCUGAACCUCUGCAACAGCAUUGUUAAUACAAAUACAGUGUCUAAGCAUCCUUUAGUCCAAUAAACCAUCUUUUCUUGUG